UUCGUGACCCGAAUUGGUCGUGAACAGAAGCAUUCGUGACCCUCCCUCCCCCCACUCUCUCUCAUCGUGUGCAACAGGCUGAGCUAAGAGAUAGUGACUGGCCCAAGGGCACAUAGUGAGUCCAUGGUUAAAUGGUGGUUUAAUGCCAGUUUCAUGGUUCUACGCCAAUGCUCUAAACAUGGUUGUUUAACCGUUUUCCAUUAUGGGACCCAAAUUUUGAGAUGGGGGAGGGUUGCCUUGCCUGCAUGGGUGGGAGACACAAAGAGAUGCUUUAAGUCUCUGCAAGCUGUUAAAACCCAGCCCCCAAAUAAAUUUUUAAAAAAAGUUGGCCCUGCCUAUUCUGCAGGGCUUCGGGGGUCCCAGUGAAGCUCAGUCCUGCUGUAAUCAGUACAGUACACUGGCUCCAAAUUUAAUUUAUAGCGUUAUAGUAUUGGAUUUCUUCCUUCCUUCCUUCCUUCCUUCCUUCCUUCCUUCCUUCCUUCCUUCCUUCUUCUUUUUUUUUAAUUUUCCUCCAGGCAGAAACACUUCCUUGCUCGCCAGUCUCCAACUCUGCGACCAGCAUCACUGAGAAACAUUGACUUGGCUGUCUGGAGGGUUUCCUAGGAACAUUCCUGUCCCAGCCUUGGCAUUAAGAAGCGACAAUGGCAGCAGAGCACAGAAACCCAGCAGGCUUGGAUCUCCAGCUGGAUGCUGAUUUGGAGGAUGGUGUGAAAAUCGAGGUGCAGGAAGAAGCCGAAUCUGAACCCGAGAAGGAGGUGGCUGAAAGCCCCCUGGGGACCCACCCUGAGAGCGUGAAGGAAUCCCCAGAAGGCAUCGCAGCAGAAGCCAUUAAGCAGGAGCCCGAGGCCGAACCAGAAGAAUGUUGUUUGGAAGUGGAGGAAGAGAAGUUUAUGAUGGGCAAACAGUCCCCUGCUUCCGAGCCAGGAAAUGAGCAGCUGCUGAAGGCAGAAGCAAGUGACCAUUCAGGGGCCGAGCUCUCUCCCCUGGAGGAAAUGUCCGACCUCGGGCCGCAGCGCAGGCGGAACAGGGUGAUCCAGCCUCUCUUGCACAUUGGCGAAGAAACCCAGCAGUCUGUCAACAGCGCCUCUGUGAAAGACAAAACCGAGUUCAUAGAGGUGGGGGAGGAGGGUCUCGAGGUGACGGCCGCCAGCCUGGACAUUGAGCGCCAGUGUUUCAGGCAGUUCUGCUACCAGGAUGCUGAGGGGCCCCGCGAGGUCUGCGGCAUGCUCUGGAAGCUCUGCCAUCGCUGGCUGCAGCCGGAGCGGCGCUCCAAAAGCCAGAUCCUGGAGCUGGUGAUCCUGGAGCAGUUCCUGUCCAUCCUGCCAGAGGAAAUGCAGAAUUGGGUCAGAGCUGGGCAUCCAGAAACUUGCUUUCAGGCCGUUGGCCUGGCCGAGGAUUUCCUGGGGAGGCAGCAAGGGACUGAACGGCGGGAACGGCAGAGUCUAUGGCCCUUCAAAGAGGCAACCGUUGAUUUCCAUGGGUCCGAGGGAACACCGAUGGAGUCCAGUGAAUGGCCGAUGUUCAGAGAGAACAAAGAAGAGGAUGUCCCUUUACUGGCUUCGGUGGAGAACCCGUACACAUGCUGGGACUGCGGAGAGAGCUUCUCCGGGAUAGACGUGUUGGUGGCCCAUCAGAGUAUCCACACAGGAGAGAAACCCUUCAUUUGCUCCAAAUGCGGGCAGAGCUUCAGGCAGCGUUCGCAACUUACCGCGCAUGAAAAAAGCCAUGUGCCAAAGAAAGCGUUCCCUUGCCCGGACUGCGAACAGAGCUUUAACAAGAAAAGUGGGCUCUUGGCUCACCAGAGGACACACACGGGAGAGAAGCCUUAUCACUGCGUAGACUGCGGGCAGAGCUUUGCCCACAAGUUCGACGUUAUCCGGCACCAGCGUAUCCACACGGGAGAAAAACCGCACGAGUGUCCCGUUUGUGGGAAAAGCUUCCGGAACACCUCAGCUUACCAUGUCCACAUGAGGAUCCACACCGAAGAGAAGCCGUACCCCUGCUCGGUUUGCGGAAAGAGCUUCCGGCACCGGGCGAAUGUCAUUGUGCACGAGAGGAUCCACACGGGAGAAAAACCGUAUGUCUGCGUGGAAUGUGGGAAGAGCUUUGGCGACGCCUCUUCCCUUAGGAAACACAGAAGAUCCCACACCGGAGAGAGACCGUACCACUGUGCAGAGUGUGGGAAAAGUUUUUCUCAGAACGCCGGGCUGGUUCAGCAUGAGAAAAUCCAUACAGGAGAAAAGCCCUACCAGUGCCCCGAAUGUCCCAAAAGUUUCCGGGACAAAUCGGCUUUCGUCGCGCACCAGAGGACCCACACGAAGGAGACUCCGUACCGCUGCAUGGUCUGCGGCAAAUGCUUCGGCCAUCGCUCCAACCUCCAUAAGCACGAAAAAAUCCACGCCCGGAGGCAGAUGGUAUAAGUACUGAUGGAAAGCACUUCGUUCAGAAACCAAAACUCCUUGUGCAUGAAAAGACUCGUUUGAAUGAGAAAGCAUAAAAUGCUUCUCCCACCUUAAUCAUUUUCGUUUUUCCACCAGGAAAGAACGACAUGCUUCAUAUCUCCUCGGUUAGUUCCAGGGCUGUGUAACUUAACAGGCUGCCGGAACAAAACAGAAAUCUUUUCUUUAGGGAGGUCGAUUGAUCGUAUGAAGGUGAAUAUGACUGAUUGUCUUUAUUACCAUCAUUGCUUUUUUUUUUCCUUUCCUUUUUCUUACUUCUUAGAUUUUUUUUUUAAUUGGAUUAUAUUUUAAGUGAGUUGAUUUAAUGAAUAGCACUACUCACGUUUUGAAUGCAUGUACGCUAUAACCAGUUUAAUGUGAGCAUUUUGGUUAGCUCUGGUUCUGACCAAGGUUGUCCCAUAGUAGCGUUCAGUGUAAUAGAAACUGUUGGGGGGCUCUUGCUCUUUUUGACCCCCCUCCCGAGGAACAUGGUGUUGAUUUGGAGCCUGGCAUUUGGGAGGCGGGGGGUGCAGUAUGGACAUUGAAGAGAGCAGGUUUUUGGUCAUGGAAUGGAAUUGAAUUUGGUUCCAUCCUAAAGUGCUGUCCCCUAUUAGGAAAAUGGUACAUGUCCAGUGGAGGUGUAUCUGGCGGCUACUACAAAUGUCUGUGGCCCAGAUGCACAUUAAUUUGGUAUCAGGAGGAGGCCUGUUGGAAACAUCAUGUCAGGGGCCUACCAGAGCAAGCCUGUCUGUCCCCUUUGGUUUCUUGCUUUGGCAAGGAUGAAUGAGCUGACUCUCUCUAGGAGGGUUCAGCCAGCCCGUUCUUGCCAGCUUCUGAUUGGUGGGGUUCCCACUUCCUUUCAGUCCUCCUUACUCCCCUCCACUCCCCCUUUACCACAAGGUAAUAGGUAUUUUUAUUCUCUUUCUCUCUCUGUCUUUGGCUUAACGCACAUGGAGAUCCAUGCUGUCAGAUGCAAGUUAAUGGACCUUGGCUUAUAGUGACUCAGUAUAGGCAUUGUAGAAGCUACUUUAUUUAAUCAUUCUUUUAUACUGCACCCUGCUUUAUUUCUCUUCAAAUCUCUUUCGUCCAAGUUUAAUAAAGUCUUUCUAAAUUA